AUGGGGGACCCGCGCGCCGGCUCCGCCGCCGCCGCCGCCGCCGCCGCCGCCGCCGCCGCCGCCUUUACCCCCGGCUGCAGCUCGCAGCGCCGGGAAGCUUCCCAGGCCCCCACGGAGUCGCCAACUGCUGGAUUCCAGCAGCGGCCCGAGUCUCCACCCACUGGAAAAAUUCCUGCUCCGUCCCUCCCUCUCUCCUCCCUCCCGCCGCAGCCCGGGCUCAGCCCCGACUUCCUGCCGGGCGCUGGGAAGCCGUGCGCGGGCUGGGGGUCCGCGGGGGCCGCGCUCGCAGUUGGCCGCGUCCCUGGCCGAGUCCCGGGCCGCCAAAGGGCUGGCAGUGGGCGGGAGCAGCCGGCAGCCUCAGCCUCUUCCGAGAGCGACUUUCAAACUCGCGCCCGCGUCGCUGCCGCCGCCGCACCUGGGAAGCCUCGCGCGCCGUGCGUGCCGGACCCGGCGGGCGGCCGCCGCUCGAACUCCCCGGGACCUAAUGGGGCCCCUCUGUUCCCACUUGUUUCCCACCGGGAUUCUCCAGUGCCUUUGAACCUGAUGAAGUAGCGAAUGCUGCAGCUCUUGGAGGUGUGGCUCCUGUUCCCUCUGUACCCCCACCCCAGCCUAGAGGCCUCAGGUCAGGCAGCCCCUGCUG